AUGAACUCCUUAGAUCGUGAAGAACCCAACUACUUUGGUGCAGGCCCAGCUUUGUUACCUACAGACGUCUUAAAACAGGCUGCGCUUGAUUUAUUAAACUAUGACGGCGAGAAUUUGGGCAUUGGCGAAAUUUCACACCGUUCAAAGCCUGCAAUCAAAGUCAUUGACGAUACCAAAGACAAUAUAAAAAAGUUAUUGGAUAUUCCUGACACACAUGAAGUUUUCUUUAUGCAAGGUGGAGGUACUACAGGGUUCUCAUCCAUUGUCUAUAACUUAAUGGCUCAUUCUGUUAAGAAGACCAAUGGUAGAAAACCUAAGGCAGCUUAUGCCGUCACUGGUGCUUGGUCAAAAAAAUCUUCCGAAGAAGCCAAGAGAUUGGGUUUUGAUGUUGAUAUUGUCGUGAACACGAAGGACUCCAAGUUCACCUCCAUUCCUCCGUUCUCUGAGUGGAAACCAAUCGACAAAGAGAAUACUGCGUACUUGUACGUGUGUGACAAUGAAACAGUUCACGGUAACGAAUUCAAAAGCGUGCCAGGAGAAAAUUAUUUGCCAGAAGGUGUUGAGUUAGUGGCAGACAUGUCAUCAAAUAUCUUGUCGAAGAAAAUUGACGUGAGUAAAUAUGGUUUGAUUAUGGCCGGAGCACAAAAAAAUGUCGGUUUGGCUGGAUUGACUAUCUACAUCAUUAAAAAGUCUUUGCUUGAGCAAGCAACAGAUGAAGAAUUGAGAUCAUGGGGAAUUCCUUUGGUUCCUAUCGCAUUCCACUAUCCUACUGUUGUUGCUAACAAUUCGGCUUACAACACUAUUCCAAUCUUCACAUGCCACAUCUUGAAGUUAGUAACGGCAAAGUUGUUGGAAGAUGGAGGAAUUGCAACGAUCGAGGAGAAGAACAACAAGAAGGCAGGACUUUUGUACAAAACUUUAGAAAACUACCCUCAAUUGUUCAACUUACCAGUAUCGGCAUCUGACCGUUCAAAUAUGAAUGUUGUUUUCACCUUGAAGAAUGAAGAACUAGAGGCAAAGUUCAUUAAAGGAGCUGCUGAAAGGAAAUUGACUGGAUUGAAGGGCCACAGAUCCGUGGGUGGAAUGAGAGCCUCCAUCUACAAUGCUGUUUCAGUCCACAGUGUAGAGUUGUUGGUCGAUUUCAUCAAUGAUUUCGCCAAGGAGAAUGGUUGUUGA